AUGUCGUCCUCCCCGUCGUCCUCCCGUUAUCAUCAACCCACGUCUCCUCCGCAGCCAGCAGGUCCGGUCGGUGGAGUCAUCAGCUCGCAGCCCGAGGACUUCCUCGACUCACUCCCGUUGCCUACGGCUCUUCCUCCUCCAAAUCCGAGGAAGCGUCGUGCUUCGGGGACCAACGCGGCCGCGACUCAAGCUCCCACGACCACGACGGCAGUCGCGGAUCCGGGUGGCCUGGGCGGAGGGGGAGGACUUCUCGGGGAGGCACCACCAGUCCCAGCUCCAGCAGCACCGCAGCAACAACCGCAGCAGCAAGCACCGCCGCCGCAGGCUCAGCAGCCUCCUUCGCAGCCCCAGCAACCGCAGCAGCAAGCUGCUCCGCAACCGCCGGUGAAGAAGAGCCGAACGAAUACGCCAUGGAGUCCCGCCGAAGAGCAGCGACUCAAGACUAUGAGAGAUGCGGGGAGCAGCUGGAGUGAGAUUGCCAAGACCUUUCCAACUCGUACAGAGGGCAGUGUGAAGAAGCAUUGGUACAAGGAUAUGCAUUAUGCUGAGUUUGCCGAAGACGAGAGUGCCGCAUUGCUGGCCGCCAUUAAAGAGUACGAAGCCAGCAAGUGGAAAGUCAUCGGCCAAAAAGUUGGAAAGCCGGCAAAGGCGUGUGAACAAUACGCCAAGGAGCAUUUUGGAGGGAAAGUCUGA